AUGAAUUUUGUCAUUCCAAAAAAGAAGCGUGUUGUGGAAAAGCUCCCAAUAGAUAUAUUGUCACUUGAGCCAAAGGCUACUAUCGAAGAAGUUGCCAAAGAUACGUCAAAGUUCAAUGUCGUCAAGAACAUUGUAUUGGAGAGCAUGUCCGAUCGUCAGGUCAAUCAAUUUAUGCACGUCGAGAAGGUUCAGCUAGUAAAAAACCCCUUCCUCGAAUACCGGUACGAUCAAUUUAAAGCUGCCUUGCGCUCUUCUGGUCAAAAUGAUGCGGAGGGAUAUGGAUUCUUACUCGUAGGAUUCGACGACGAGGAUUGGAUGCAUAUUUGCAAUUAUGGUUAUUCUGUCGGCACAGCGUUCUAUGGAGAUUUGGGCCUAAUAACACGAGGAGUUUACGUUUACCGUCACGUGGAUUUGGUCACCCCUUCGCUCUUCUAUAGAGACGAGAUAAUACGUGUUAUGAUUUUUCGAACUCUAAGAGGAAAGAGUUAUGCUGUUGGAUUGGGUUCCACUGAACUUGAGCCUACUAUGGACUGCUCUAGUCACGUCGCAGCUUCUGAUCAUAUUCCCGCUGCCAAAAAGAGUCGUCAACAGCUUCAUCGUCAGUCAGCGGUCUAUCAUUACGAAUACAACAAGGACAUGACUGUGGCAGAGGUUCCUUCUGGAGUAUUACCCUAUGCCGUGGUGGACUUGCGAUUCAGCACCUCCGAGAAAAACCAACACUCGAGUAUUCUCCCUUCUUUGGGAUACGUGAAUGAUCAGCUGUAUUUGUAUCCUGUUUAUGAAGGAAGUCUUUCAAUUCUCUCUGCAGCUUUUGGAAAAGCAACUCUUUAUACAGUUUUUGAAGAUUCAAACAAACCCCAUGGAUUGGACGAAUCGCUGGCAUUUACUAAAUUGCUAAAAUGGGCCGAUGCUUAUGACGUGAGAGGGUUACCACAAUUGAUGGCGCCGGAUACAUGGGGUUUGAUCGCAAAGCAGCGCGAAGUCUGUGUUAGGAAUCACAACGAGCGAUCUGAGAAGUGGAAAGUUCGCUAUGUGUCUCACUUUGUGUGGAUGUGUAAUGAGCCACGUUUUGCUACAAUUGCCAACGCUAUGCGUGUCGAACAAUGCGCUGCUAUCGCUUAUUCGAUAGAUGCCACUACAUAUGUGGCAUUUCCUUCUAGCCAAUUUUCGAAUGUGUUCGGCCUACCGUGGCUGAGAUUUCCUUCUCUUCAUGUUUUAGUUAUUCAUGCCAAUCCACUCUUCUACGCUGAUCCAUGUGAUGUGAACUGCUUCAACGAUGAAGCGGAAAUUUUGAGCAAAAUUCCUCUCGGUACCGCAAUUCUGGAUGGCGAUGAUAUAGCGACUUGCAACUCUUUUGACCUUCAAGAACACUUAAAGGUACCCCAACUCAAUCAUUCUGAACCGCGCGUACCUGUUGCAAGUUCGCCGUUCAAUGGAUCACCUUCUCAAGAUUCCAAGAAAUCUAUCGAAUCAUCUCAAAAUGCGUGCACGGAUGGCAACACUGACGAGCCCAAUCCUCUUCCUCCGGUUCCUCUACCACAGUUUGCCGGCAAAAGCUGUCUACGCAAUAAGCCUCCACAAGUCUUUGUAGAGCAACCUCCCUUGAUCGGAAAAAGUGUGCCUCCUCCUGCACCAGGCACCAAGAAUGCGACAAUUUCUGGAGGUGCACCAAUUAGGAAAACCCGUAUACGAUGGUCCGAUAGUGUUGUGGACAAUGAGAACAAAUGCGGAAAGAAGUUGUCAAAUGAUCGAGAUGAAGCAGUUAAGGCAGGGCUUCAUGGUCGGGUUCCACCCAAAGAUUUAUUAACAAGAAAGCAACCACCUGCUAUGGCUGAACGAUUGGGACCAACACCAAAUUCCACGAUUUUCGAUGUUACUACAACUUCUUCCUCUGCCGUGAACAAGCACAAGGAUCUAUUCCAGGGUGUUUUCAGCACAAUUGCAAAAGGAGGCAGUGCAGAUGCCGAUACAGCGGAUAAUGGAGUUGAGCCUGUGCCCUUUGUUGAGCAAGCUUCCGAAUCGGCAAAAAGCACGUCCAUGCCCCGGCGUCUUGGAACGAAAAAUUGCAUAAUAACGUCACUUCCAUUGCCUCUCCUCAGUCGAAAUACGGACACUUUUUCUCGAGAAUCUGCUGGUUCCCAGUCGGUGUCGAAUGCAAAUACGCAACCAUCGGAGGACGAACUUACGGUGUGUGACAUGGAAAUCGAGUCAGGCUCUGAAGAAACACCUACACCUCCAAAUGUCAAGGCUUCUCCUGAAAAAACAGAUGAGGCAGUGGACUUCAUUGAUGAUCAUGACGAAGACUAUGACGCUCAGUUCAUGUGUGAAACAACGACGUCAAUGGAUUCACAGACCAGUUCAUGUACCUCGUCAGCAUCCACGACCUUUGGUGAAGAAUCUACAAUAGCGACUUCUAAAACGACCGAUAUACAGAACCAAUCAAGCGCCACCUGUGAAGUUUCUUCAACGAUCUCAUCGAGUAUAGAUCAAAAACCUGACAAUGUUGCGUCAUCUUCGGAGCCUGAUGCUCCUGCCAGCCCUCCUCCAACGUCUAUGCAGCAAAUGCCAGAAAAUGUCAUUAGGCAUGUCGUGUUACUGGAACUGCUAAGAGCUAACGAGUCCAAGACUCAAUGCCAAGACACUGAUCUUCGGAAGCUUCCAUCUUCUUCGAGUGCCGCGCCAAAGGCGGAUGAGGCCGUCGGACAGCGGCGGUCACGAUUCGAUCAACCUCCGCCUGAACUCAAAGAUCCUACUGGAUAUGUUCCAAAACCUGUUCCUACGUCAUCCAUCGGUUUUGUUGGCAACGUCCCCGCAUUGGGAGCUUCUGUUAUGGACACAGACCUGCGUUCAGCACCGCCUGCAACCUUGGCAUUUUCGAUCAAAAAGGCCGUAGCCACUCCAGCGCUGAAUCCUCCAGCUCCACUAAUUUUUGGUGAUGACGAAGACGACGACAAUAAUAAAUCAGAAGACCAGCAAAGCAGUGAACGAAGGGAUCGUGACGAUAGAAGAGAUCGUGAUGAAAGGAGGGAUCGCGAUGAUAGAAGAGAUCGCGAUGAUAGAAGAGAUCGCGAUGAUAGGAUAAGACGAUGGGACAAGCCUAACAACUUGCCGAAGUCUGCUCCAGUACCAAUUCCAGUGGAGGUACCCGCUCCAGUUUUGCCGCAAGCUAUUGGUGCAUGCAAGGAAAAGCCCUCGGAAAACUCAAAGCUAUUUCAUAUCUUAGCCGGAGCUAGAUUGCUACAAUCUCAACGUGAUAAGAAGGCCGCUGGGCAUGACCAAAUCGCGAAUGUUAAAACGGAGCCGCCCGACGUGCCUCGAAACGUGUCACGACCAAACGUAGAAGCAAACACAAUGACUCCUUUGCGGCAUUCCUCAGAUGAACGCGCACCAACCAUCAUACCCACGACUGCACAGCCAAAUAGUUCCGGCACGACCACGACUCUGCCCACCACGACUACUCAAACAAGCGCCACGGUACUUGGAAGCGCGUUCGGACUAUCCAAUGAUGUUAUACAGCAGCUACUAAAAAAAUCUGCAAUGUCGCGCCUUCCUGAGGUAAAGUUUGAAGCGAGCCCCUCGUUGCCGCAGACAUCCAUGCCAGACGCACCAGCUUCACCCGAUCCGGAAUAUCCGGAUUCACCAGAUGCACCAGCAUCACCUGAUCCAGAGGAUCGCGGUCCAACUGAAUCUGGUAACAACCCGAAGCCCCAUUCCGAGAUCCCACUUGACUGUUGGCAACCGACUGAGGACAAGCGUACUGAACCCUUAGGAACUGGCAUAAUCACUAUGCGUGCUCCCAGAAAACCAAAACGUCCAAAAGAUCAUGAUGGAGCUAUUGCUGUAAGUGAAGCGAUAAGGUAUAAUCUUGAAGUACCCGGUUUUCAAGGAAUAAUGAAACUAAUGAUCCAGAAUAGUCCAAAGAAUGCUGGUGGCACUGACACUGUCAUGGAUUCGUGGAUCAAAGCACUUGAGCAAAAAGGUGACGUAGCGUCAAAUUCGAAACGGGAAAAGAAAACUCCCAGUUCCCGUCCUAGUGUAGAUGAAGAGGAGGAAGAGGGAGAAAUCCUCAGCGACGACGAACCUCAGAUAGCUGCGCAACCUAUCACUGUUAUCGGAGCUGUGUCGCACAACAUUCACGCUUCAAUCGUAAGGCAAGCAGAACAACCAAAACCAGAGGUAACUCGACCGCCGGCACGUGCGCCAGGUGUUCGUUCAGUUGGUGAACCAGCGAUUCAAGGAAUCGGUGGGGGCUACUUCCCUGGACAACCAGGGCAGCGCAGAGGUAGUGGUUUCCAGUCUGGUCCUCCUCGACAAGAAGCUCCUGCAAUAACUGUGAUUGUGCCCGAUUUCAUGAUGUUCAAUCGGGCUACAAUGACGAGAAUGGAUCCAGCUGGUUUCGAAUCGUUUUGUGAGCGCCUCAAAGUUAUUCAAACACAGGAGAAUAGAAUAGUCUCUCUACAGAUUCACGAAAGAUUGCUCAACUAUAUUCGGGAUAUGAUGCAGUCGCUCGCUGGCUCUGAAACUGGAAGCGCGUUCCAAAUGUACUAUUCGGUAAUACUGAAGUACAAAAACCUAGGCGUAGUUCAUUUCAUGGAGAGGCAUUUGUGUGACGAUAGCGAUGUUUGUACUGCGCAGAUUAUCAACUGCUUCAACGGAUUACGGAAAAACUACUACCCAUCAACUGCUCUGAUUUACAUGUCGAAUAUGUCCCCUGGAUCCUCUACCGGAACUUCUUUGUCAGCGAUAGGAGUGCGAGUAAUGCCACCCAAUGCUGUGAUGCGUUCAUUUGGUUUGGAUUCUCCGAAGCAGUCUUUUCAGCUCUAG